CCCCAUAGCAGCGUAGCGGUGGGUGAGAGAGAAGAGAAGAGAAGAGAACGGCAAGAAGAGCAAAGAUGGACGGGCAAGCUGAAGAAGAAAAGCAACCGGCCGAUAGCUAUGUCGAUCUGAUCAACACUUUCUGUGAGAUUACUUCUUGUUCACGAGAAGAAGCUACUUUCUUCUUGGAAAGCCACAGGUUCGAUCUCGAUUCCGCCGUUUCCACCUUUCUUGAAACCUCAAACAUCGACGAUGUGGCCGCCGCCGUCACUGCAUCCCCUGGUGUUGUCGCCCGUCCUUCCAAUCCACUACCGCAUCCACGUGUCAAUUCAUCACCAUCCUACUCCCCUACUCAUUCCCCAUCCGAUUCUCCAUCUCGCUCCCGAUCGCCGUCCCCUACUGCACCUCGCCGAGCUCCAACUACCGGUUACAGUCUACGAUCGAGGCAAACAACCAAGCCUUCUGGUAGCCGCACUGGAGGAAUUCGAACCUUUUCUGAUCUUAACCGUCGACCUUCGAACUUGGAAUCUGAUAGUGACUCUGAUGAGCCGCAAGAGUAUUACACUGGUGGAGAGAAAAGUGGGAUGCUUGUCCAAGAUCCUUCAAAGUUGAAUGAUGUGGAGGCAAUUUUCAAACAAGCUAGACAAGCAGGAGCUACAGAUCCGCCUAAUCACCAGCAUUCAUCUUCAAGCACUAGAAGUUUUAGAGGAACAGGUAGACUUCUUUCGGGAGAAACAGUGCCAGGAGCUCCACAGCCACCUGAGGCUAUCACACACACCAUUAUCUUUUGGAGUAAUGGCUUCACUGUGGACGAUGGUCCACUCCGUAGGCUGGAUGACCCUGCUAAUGCAGUUUUCCUUGAGAGCAUCAAAAACUCAGAUUGUCCAAAGGAACUUGAGCCAGCUGAUAGGAGGAUUCCGGUCCAUGUUAAUCUAAUGAGAAAGGAACAAGAUUAUUCGGCUCCAGAAAGGCAAGGACUGAGCCAUGUUUCUUUCCAAGGACAAGGGAGAACAUUAGGUGGUGUCAUCGACAGUUCAGUGCCGCCUGUUGCUGUUGCUGCUGCAGCUGCACCUUCACCUACGGUUGCUCCACCUCCAUCAAUGGGUUUGGUUCUGAACGAUGCAUUGCCAACAACUUCCAUUCAGCUAAGGUUGGCAGAUGGAACCCGAAUGGUUGCUCGUUUCAAUUAUUGCCAUACCAUUAGAGACAUUCGUUCCUUCAUUGACGCAUCCAGAUCAGGCGGGGCUAGGAAUUACCAACUUCAGACUGUCGGUUUCCCUCCUAAACAACUUGCUAAUCUAGAUCAGACCAUCGAGGAGGCUGGCAUUGCCAAUUCUGUAGUUCUUCAGAAACCCUAAAUUGUCCCAGACUUCUUUCUUUCAUUACUUUGCAUGAGGAUUUUUUUAUUUUAUUUUUGUCUUUAUAAAGCAGUGGAUUUGUUAUUCUAGACAUACACUCUUUAAUUAAAGUCUUAUCUAUGCUUAUU